UUUAUAAAUAAUAAGUAGGUAUUUAUAAUUUUGUAAAAUCAUGGGGAGGUGAGUGUAAUUUAUAAAGUAUAUUAACACUAAUUUAUUGUAUCUCAUUCGUAUCGCGCCACCAUUAUGAGCUAAUGCGAUUUCAUAGAAUUAGAGAGCAUUAGGUUCUUACAAUUCCCGUUCUAAAAUUCUCAGCCGAAAAUCUCAGCUUUCUGCAACAAAAAUGGUUUCAUUCGGGGAGCCGUGGCCGGAAUUUAACGACGGCAUAUAUUACCGUGACCUCGUCCGCGCCUCCGGAUCCGGUGCGACAUUGAUUGAAUUCUACUCUAGGAAGUACGAGAGUUCAGCUCCUUUACACGGCUGGCUGCAGAGAAUUCACAAUAAGCAGAUAACAAUCGAUGGUUGUCUUGCGACGGACCCCAAUACGAUUCUCAGGGAAGGUGCAGAACUAGUUUAUCAUAGAUUACCUUGGAAAGAGCCUGAUGCUCCAUACUUGCUGGAAAUUCUGUAUGAGGACAAUGAUGUGAUUGCUCUGAACAAGCCCUCUGGAUUACAAGUUCUACCUGGAGGAUUAUUCCAGCAGCGGACGGUCUUGACACAACUCCAAUUGCGUGCAGGCAACCUAACUACAUCAGGAUGUCAAGAAGCCCAUCCUGUUCCAGUUCACCGACUUGGAAGGGGCACAUCAGGAAUAUUACUUUGUGCAAAAACAAAGCUUGCGAAAUCUCGUCUUGCAGCUUUUUUCGCUGAUGGGACAUCAAAUGUCGGGAUAUAUAGAAGAAAUGAUCCACAGCAAAAAGCAGGAAGGAGUAUAACAAAAAUAUAUCGAGCCCUUGUGAGCGGGAUAAUCAUUGAGGAUGAGAUUAUCAUUGAACAACCAAUUGGGCUGGUCAGAUAUCCUGGUGUAGCCAAGGGGUUGUAUGUUGCCUCUCCUUCAGGGAAACCAGCCUUGAGCAAAGUUGUUGUUUUGGAGAGGGACAUGCUGAGAAAAUCCACAUUAGUCCAGGUUGAAAUUCAAUCAGGGAGGCCCCACCAAAUCCGCAUUCAUGUUUCUUUCAUUGGGCAUCCACUGUGCUUAGCAGGUGAUCCUCUUUACGGUACAGGUGGGCAACCGAAGUGUUCGAAUCAUGAAGUUGUAAAUCAAAGUUUUGCUGAAGAUGGAGGAUAUGAGAGGCCUGGAAAACCUGUUCCUGGAGACUGUGGAUACCAUUUGCAUGCACAUCGGCUAGUUUUUCCCCAUCCUGUAACAAAUGAGGUUCUGACUGAAUCCUUGUUUUAGCAUCCAAAAAUAUCCAAUUGCCGUUGGAACUCAAAAUAAUCAAAAUUACCUCACCUCUCCCAUCUAUUCUACUGACAACGGAAGAAUCCAACGCACCUCUCCCAUCUAUUCUACUGAGAACAGAAGAAUCCAACGCAAAGCACGCUUCAUGAGCAUGUAGGGUGGAAAUGCCAAGCUGUAAUAUGUUCAUCCUACUGGUUCUUGUUAGGGUCAUUGACAAUCCAAGACUAGUCUUCCACAUCAUAACAAACUUUAAGAUAUGAUUCUUUGUUCUAUUUGAGGGGGUGUGUGCGUACGCAUAGGCGCUUGUUAGAAGUGCCCUUGUGGAUUACUGUUGUAGUUUAUGUGCAGUCAUCUUGCUGUGGGGAUAAAAUGCACUCAGGUUUCUGACCUAAUUUAGGCUUCUGAUGUAAUAAUCUUGUUCCACCAAACUGGAAUAAGCUAAUUUUCCGAGAUCUUAUGUGUACCCCCACUGUUCAGGAUGCGGGAAAACAAUCAUAUAAACGUAACUUCCAAAAUAGACGGAGAUAAGGUACAGGCACAGAAAUCGUCACAAAAGUGAAAUAGUGAUAACAACAAUAAAAACCACUCACAAUCACAUCCGGAUGCCACUGAGUAAUUUCCAGGCCUGCUGGAUACAACACACAACUUGCAUUUUUGACGACUUCUUUGAAGAAGAGGGGUGAAUAGUUUGUAAGCAAUUAUGAUUUGUUCAUGAAGUCGUCGAGUUGAAGAAUGGAGUGGGGUCCCAUCACUUGGGUUAGGUAAAACUAACAAAACAUGAUCACGUUAUGCUGUCCCACCGAAGUUGAAAUCCUUCACGGGAAUUUCCAUACUCCACAGCAGAUGCAACUUGCAGUAAGAUUAUUACAUCAUGUGUAACAGACAUUCAAUCAAGUUUUCUUGAGUUGUGUCACCUACCACAAUUAUUCCUAGUGAAAAACGGUUCCAUCCCAAUCUCAGUGGCUUUUGGAACAUGAUCCGGUUAUGUCAAAAAAACUCACCCCCACUUUGGGUUGAUAUUCAAGCAAAUUAGAAAUACAAUAAUACACCAUGCAUAUGACAUAUGACACCAUAGCCACUUGAUUGACACAAUACAAUUUGAGAGAAGACAUGAUUGAGGAGCCAAAACACAUCUGAACAAGAAUUACAAUGAUUCUUGAUGGACAAUACAACUUAUACAUAUAAAUUACUUCUACAGCUACAAUUUCCAUAGCUCAAGAAGCUCACUAAUGUUCACUGCCAUUCA